AGCCGCCCCCGGGGCUCCGAGGGGCGCGCGCCGAAGGCCGCGGCAGCUCGCGCGCCCCGGACACCCGCGCCCGCCGUCGGCGCGGGAUCCGCGCAUCUCGGCCCGCGGCCGCCGCGCGCGGGAUGGCGGAGUCGGAGGCGAAGAUCUGCGACGGAGGCGUGUCCAAGGUGUCUGGCGGCGACACGGGCGGCAUCUUCUUGCCGAUCGGGGGCAACUGGGAGAGGGCAUGGGGCCAGGAGGUGCAGGCUGUCCUGAUCUUCGGCGGCCUGAUGUAUUGUUUCGCCGGGGUCGCCUUCAUCGCCGAUGUCUUCAUGGCCGCCAUCGAAAAGAUUACGUCCGAGAAGGUCCGGCUGAAAGAGGGGGAUCGCUUCAGGACGUACUACGUCUGGAACCCCACCGUUGCCAACCUGACGCUCAUGGCGCUGGGGUCCAGUGCGCCGGAGAUACUGCUGAGCAUCAUCGAGCUGAUCAACAACGGGAUGCAGAGCGGCGAGCUAGGGCCCUCCACCAUCGUGGGCAGCGCGGCCUUCAACCUGCACGUGAUCAUCGCGGUCUGUGUGGUCUCCAUCCCGGCAGGCGAGCUCAGGUCUAUCAAGGAGCUGCCGGUGUUUGCGAUCACGGCGGCCUUCUCUAUUUUCGCAUAUGUCUGGCUGGUAUUUAUUCUUAUCGUCGUGUCACCACACGUGGUGGAAUGGUGGGAGGGUCUGUUGACGUUUCUGUUUUUUCCGGUAUUGGUUAUUCUCGCGUAUGCAGCAGACAAGGGCUGGCUCAACAAAUGUUUGGGUCGCACUGUCGGGAGUACUGAUUCACAGACCAAGCUGGUCCUCACCCCGGACACGACCCAGCAGGAGAAGGCAGAGAUGGUGGCGUUCAUACGGGCGAAGUAUGGUAAAGACCAGAACGUGAGGGACUACAUGCAGGAGCUGAUGCACUACGAGUUCGACCCCAAGCCGACCAGGGCGCAAAUGCGAAUGCAGGCCACCCGCGUGAUGUUCAAGGGCAAGUCGUUGCCGUUUGCGGGGAAGGGCGCGUACCAGAAGCUCGCCACGAACGACGAGAGCGGGAACUCUGCCGCGCAGUCGUUGCUCCGCAGCGCGCACAGGCCGCGUGCGGCAGGCUGGCGCCGAGCCCGGAAGGUGGACUGCGUGAUUACGAGGACUGGUGACUGCUCCCGGGGGUGCAAGGUGCACGUCAAGACUGUCGACGGCACUGCCAAGGCCAAGGACGACUACACCGCGGUCGACAUGGACGUGCUCUUCAGAUGGGGGGAGACGAAGAAGACGGUGACCAUCGACAUUAUCGAGGACACCGAGUACGAGGAGACGGAGGAUUUCCAGCUCCACCUCUCCAUCCCGCCUGCGUCCAGGGGAAGGGUUGGACUCGCACAGGACGGACGCGGUGGAGUGCCAGGAUGCGACGUGGCGAGCAUAGUAAUCCUGGACAACAACCACCCGGGUGUCCUCGGCUUCAGCAGCUCCGAGAUAAAGGUGGAGGAGUCGCCCGAGCCCAAGCCCGUCAUGGUGGAGGUCGUUCGCCAGAGGGGCACCUACGGGAAGGUCACCUGCGCGUACCGGACGGAAGACAUGACCGCGGUCCAUGAUUACGACUACAAGGCGAUAAGCGGAGUCCUUGAGUUCGACCACGGCGAGGCGGUCAAGAUGCUGCCGCCGCUGACGGUCUAUCCGAAGCUCGAGGGCCGGAGCGAGAAGACAGAGCAGUUCCGGUUGAUCAUUUCCGAUGCAACAGGCAAGGCGACGUUCGACGACAGCACCGACGGGACCGAGACGAUGUCGAUCUGCACGAUAACCAUCCAGGGAGAUGCUGAUACGCAGGGUUGGCUGGGAGGCCUUGCUGAUAUGCAAGUGCUGAACACCGACCAGCUCGCGCUCACUAAAAGAAGCUGGAUGGAGCAGUUCGAAGAGUUGAAGCCCGACGGGGAGUCUUGCAUGGACAAAGUUGUGCACUUCGCGCUCUUCCCUUGGAAGCUGAUCUGCGCGUGUGUCCCCCCGCCGAGCUUCUGCGGCGGGUGGGUCUGCUUCGUGACCGCCCUGGCGGUGAUAGGACUCCUCACGGCGCUGAUCGGAGACUUGGCGGAGAUGCUAGGCUGCGCCCUGCUGCCCAUGCUGCCCACCAAGAGCGCCAAGGCCAUCACGGCCGUGACGAUCGUGGCGCUGGGGACGUCGCUCCCGGACACCUUCGCCUCCAGGGCGUCGGCCGUCCAGGACUCUACGGCCGACGCCAGCAUCGGCAAUGUUACGGGCAGCAACUCUGUCAACGUUUUUUUGGGGCUCGGGCUCCCCUGGAUGGUCGGCGCCUUCUACUGGAAGCUGAAAGGGGUGAACCUCGACGAUCCGACGGACCCGUGGGUCAUGACGGGCACCGAGGUCGGCUGGCUGGACAACCCAGACAUGCACAUCAGGGAGAGAUAUCCAGCCUGCUUCGUCGUGCCUGCGGGAUCGCUCGGCAGCUGCGUCAUGGUCUUCUCCGUCACGGCCGUGUCCACCGUCGGCAUCCUCAUGGUUAGGCGAAGCAGGUAUGGUGGCGAGCUCGGCGGACCAGACGGUGUGAAGUGGGCCUCGGCUGCCGCCAUGGUGUCCUUGUGGCUGAUCUACAUUGUGUUCUCGGUGUUCACGGCCAUCUCUGAAGAGUCGUAGACACAUGCCGGCCGUUCUUACGCAUUUGAGAAGUGCCAGUGUUUCCGCGUUCAUUCAUGAUGCCGCCCUUGAUGGGUAGGCCGCGUGCUGAAGGCGGCAAGGGCUAAAUGGCCCUCCGCUCCACCAGUUUGGGGCACCAUGGAUUGUCCACAACAUGUUCCACAGUUCGUACUGGGAACUGUAACAGUUGUGCAAUUACUACGCGUACGCAUGAGUUACAAUCUGACGCAGAGAUAGAAUUAGUUCUGGCCAUAAUUGUUGGCCCCCGUGACAUCGUCAUUUGGGUUUUCAGGGUCGUG